AUGGCGGAGAUUCUGAGGCGGGUGCUAAGUGGAAGCGGCGCGGCCGGACCCGGGGAGGAGAACACGGCUGAGGCCGGACCGCCGUUGCUGCUGCUCGGCACUCCGGGUUCUGGAAAAACAACGCUGCUAUUCGCGGCAGCCCUGGAGGUGGCGGGGGAGGGCCGAGGCCCCGUAAUCUUCCUGACCCGGAGGCCUCUUCAAAGCCUGCCCCGCCGAACUGGAGCAGGGCUCGACCCUCUGCGUCUCCAGAAGAUCCGCUUCCAGUACCCACCCUCAACCCAAGAGCUUCUCCGGCUCCUGUGCUCUGCCCAUGAGUCCCCCGGGCCAACCCCCUCCCUUCUACUACUUGACGGCCUGGAGGAAUACCUAGCGGAAGAACCGGGCCCCCAGGAAGCCGCCUACCUGGCUGCUCUGCUUCUGGACACAGCCGCGCACUUCAGCCACCGAGUUGGGCCCGGCCGGGACUGUGGACUGGUGGUGGCCCUCCAGACCCAGGAGGAGGCAGACAGUGGGGAUGCUCUGCAGCUGGCACUGCUCCAGCGGUAUUUCCCUGUCCAAUGCUGGCUGCAGCCGGAUACACCAGGCACAAGAGAGCGCUGCCUUCGAGUCUGCCUGGAGCCAGGUGGGCUGGGCCCCAGGGCAGAGUGGCGUGUGACUUUCAGAGCAGAUGGAGAGAUGAUGAUCACCCCGUGGCCCACCCAGACUGGUGACCCCAGCUCAGAAAAAGGUUCAAGCUCUGGAGGCCGGCCCUGAGUUUUGGUGUGUGACAACUUCUCUGUGCCUUAGUUUCCCAUGUCUGUAAUACCUACCUCAGGGACAUGUACAGAUUCAAAGACCUAAAGAAUGUAAAGUACAUUUUCUCUUUUAAAAAAAUAGCAUUAUCAGGGCUGGCUGGUUAACUCAGUUGGUCAAAGCACGGUGCUGAUAACACCAAGGUCCAGGGUGCCAUCCCUGUACCGGCCAGCCUUCAAAAAGAAAAACAACAACAAAAAAAUAGCAUUAUCAUGUACAUAUUUAAUCAGUACAUGUUUAGUUUUGCUGUUUUGAACUUUAUAAAAAGAGUUUCAUGAUAAAUGUAAUCGUCUGAAACUUCCUUCUUUUCCCACUCACCAUUGUUACUAAGAUCUUGACACAUUUUUUAGUCCGUUCCUUUUUCUGUAUUGCAUAUAAUUCUAUGGGAGACUAUACCCCAAUUUAUUCAUCAGAUUGACUUAUUUACUGCAAUGAACAUUCUUGCGUACAUGUCGUGGUAUGUGUGUGAGUUUUUAGUGUAUAUACCUAGAAGUGGAAUGGUUGGAGCAAAAGAUAUGCAUUGUUCAGAUUUCUUAGGAUAUGACAAACUUACUUUCUUUUUUUUUUUGGUGGCUGGCUGGUAUGGGGAUCCUAACCCUUGACCUUGGUGUUAUCAGCACCAUGCUCUCCCAAGUGAGCCACCGGUCAGCCCCUCCAACUUUCUUAAAGUCAUUAAAGCAGAACUCUCGUUUAGUCAUCAAGUAAGACUUGACAUCAUCAGAGUGCUUUCUUAGAACAUGGCCUGAUUCAGAAUAAAGCCCUAUGAAUUUUUGUUGUUACUGUUGCUAUUAUUAGUGGCAGAGAAUAGUUAGAGGCUCACUAAACAGCUUUC